AUGGAGCGGGAGGGCCCUGGCCGCGCGCGGCCGCGGGACCACGACUCGGUGGAAGCCUGGCUGGACGAUCACCGGGACUUCGCCUUCUCCUACUUUGUCAGGAAAGCCGCCAGAGAGAUGGUCAACGCGUGGUUUGCUGAGCGAGUCCACACCAUCCCGGUCUGCAAGGAAGGUGCCCGAGGCCCCGCGGAACCGAGCCCCCCGCAGCAGAGCCCGCGCCCCGAGAGCAGUGCCCCCGGGACGCCCACCAGGAAGAUCUCUGCCUCGGAGUUUGACCGGCCGCUCAGGCCCAUCGUGGUCAAGGAUUCCGAGGGGACGGUGAGCUUCCUCUCGGACUCGGACAAGAAGGAGCAGAUGCCGCUGACCCCCCGGCGCUUUGACCGGGAUGACGGGGACCAGUGCGCGAGACUCCUGGAAUUAGUGAAAGAUAUCUCCAGCCACUUGGACGUCACGGCCCUGUGCCACAAAAUAUUCCUGCACAUCCACGGCCUCAUCUCCGCCGACCGCUACUCGCUGUUCCUCGUCUGCGAGGACAGCUCCAACGACAAGUUCCUCGUCAGCCGCCUCUUCGACGUGGCGGAGGGGUCCACCCUGGAGGAGGCGUCCAACAACUGCAUCCGCCUGGAGUGGAACAAGGGCAUCGUGGGGCACGUGGCCGCGCGCGGGGAGCCCCUGAACAUCAAGGAUGCCUAUGAGGAUCCUCGAUUCAAUGCAGAGGUUGACCAAAUUACAGGCUACAGGACCCAGAGCAUUCUGUGCAUGCCGAUUAAGAAUCACAGGGAAGAGGUUGUUGGGGUAGCCCAGGCCAUCAACAAGAAAUCCGGCAAUGGUGGAACAUUCACUGAAAAAGACGAAAAGGAUUUUGCUGCUUACCUGGCAUUUUGUGGUAUUGUUCUUCAUAAUGCCCAACUCUAUGAGACUUCGCUGCUGGAGAACAGGAGAAAUCAGGUGCUGCUCGACCUGGCCAGCUUAAUUUUUGAAGAGCAGCAGUCGUUGGAGGUCAUCCUGAAGAAGAUCGCGGCCACGAUCAUCUCUUUCAUGCAAGUGCAGAAGUGUACCAUCUUCAUCGUGGACGAAGACUGCUCCGACUCCUUUUCCAGUGUGUUUCACAUGGAGAGCGAGCAGCCAGAACAGCCAUCAGAUACUGUAACAAGGGAACGGGACGCAAACAGGAUCAAUUACAUGUACGCUCAGUACGUCAAAAACACUAUGGAAGGGCUCAACAUCCCGGACGUCACUAAGGACAAAAGAUUCCCCUGGACAAAUGAAAACACAGGCAACGCAAACCAGCAGAGCAUUAGAAGUUUGCUUUGUACACCUAUAAAAAACAGAAAGAAGAAUAAAGUGAUAGGGGUUUGCCAGCUCGUCAACAAGAUGGAGGAGAACACGGGCCAGGUGAAGCCUUUCAACCGGAACGACGAGCAGUUUCUGGAAGCCUUCGUGAUCUUCUGCGGGCUGGGCAUCCAGAACACGCAGAUGUACGAAGCCGUGGAGCGAGCCAUGGCCAAGCAGAUGGUCACGCUGGAGGUCCUGUCCUACCACGCCUCGGCGGCGGAGGAAGAGACCAGGGAGCUGCAGUCCUUAGCGGCUGCCGUGGUGCCGUCGGCCCAGACCCUGAGAAUCACAGACUUCAGCUUCAGCGACUUCGAGCUGUCUGACCUGGAAACAGCGCUGUGCACCAUCCGGAUGUUCACCGACCUCAACCUGGUGCAGAACUUCCAGAUGAAACACGAGGUGCUCUGCAGGUGGAUUUUGAGUGUGAAGAAGAAUUACCGGAAGAACGUCGCCUACCAUAAUUGGAGACACGCCUUCAACACGGCCCAGUGCAUGUUUGCUGCCCUCAAAGCCGGCAAAAUCCAGAGCAAGCUGUCGGAGCUGGAGGUGCUGGCCCUGCUCAUUGCCGCCCUGAGCCACGACCUGGACCACCGAGGCGUGAACAACUCUUACAUCCAGCGAAGCGAGCACCCCCUGGCCCAGCUGUACUGCCACUCGACCCUGGAGCACCACCACUUCGACCAGUGCCUCAUGGUCCUCAACAGUCCGGGCAAUCAGAUUCUCAGCGGCCUGUCCAUCGAAGAGUACAAGACCGCGCUGAAAAUAAUCAAGCAAGCGAUUUUGGCUACAGACCUAGCCCUGUACAUCAAGCGGCGAGGAGAGUUCUUUGAACUGAUCAGGAAAAACCAAUUCAGCUUAGAAGACCCUCACCAAAAGGAGCUGUUUCUGGCCAUGCUGAUGACGGCCUGCGACCUGUCUGCCAUCACGAAACCCUGGCCCAUUCAGCAGCGGAUAGCGGAGCUUGUAGCAGCUGAAUUUUUUGACCAAGGAGACAAAGAGAGGAAGGAACUCAACAUAGAGCCCGCGGAUCUCAUGAACAGGGAGAAGAAGAACAAAAUCCCGAGUAUGCAAGUCGGCUUCAUAGACGCCAUCUGCUUACAGCUGUAUGAGGCCCUGACCCACGUGUCCCAGGACUGCUUCCCCCUGCUGGACGGCUGCAGGAAGAACAGGCAGAAGUGGCAGGCCCUGGCGGAGCAGCAGGAGAAGAAGCUGGUCAACGGGGACAGCGGCCCAGCCCCGCGGAGCUGACGGCCCGUGCGGCGCAGACGCCCCCAGACCGCCGUCUGCAGGGCCCCGGCCUCGCCGGACACUGUCCAGGCCGGGGUGCCCUUCCCACUGCCCUAUGGUGUGGUCACAGCGUCUGAGAGCUCGGCAGGAACGGGUCUCGGGGGACGACCGAAUCUCGGUGUGGCGCCACCGAGCUGAGGCCGGACGCUGCUGGCCGUCAGACGGGGACGGGACUCGGGUGCCCAGAGUGGGAGCCGCCUCCCCCGCUCGGGUGGGCUGCUUCUGCUGGGGAAUGUCACGUCCUCCGUUCUGUGGCUUUGGAAUCGCCGACCUUGCGAGAAUGUUUGCAAUCUCUUCUUUCUCAAAAAUAGGCUGGGGGCAAAUGGAAUGCGCGCUGUGGCAUUGAAAAGCUUCAGGCAUAGAGCAGAGCUGUGGCUGCGUGGAUUCCCAGGACACAGGUGGAUAUUUGUCAACAGUGUGCUGUUGACGGGGAACGUUAGCACUCCGAGUGAACGGGCAGGCCUGCGGGGCCGCACUGCACAGCACAGGUGCGGCCUCCUCGCCGAUCCCACCAGCGCAGCGGCUGUCUGUCCCGAUCCGUGUCUGUGACCUCGUUCAUCUCCCGGACCACGGUUGAUAACGAACACUACUUCUCGAGGGGAAUUCGAGAGACAGGGCCGGUGGGAGCUCGGACCUGACGUGUGGUGACCACAGAAGACAGGGGCUGCCCUUCGCCGAGGGCCAGACGUCGCUCCCAGGGGCCAGGGGGAAGAACACGGAGGCCUGGGGGGAAGCGAGCAGUGUGGCGUUUGUGGUCAGCCCUGAAGCACAGAAGUGGGGGUGUGCACCCUAGACACUGGCCUCGAGCUGGGGGUGGCGGUGUCUACUUCUCACAGCUUUUACACAGUUGGGGAGCGUGGACAUUUCCUUGGAAGCUGAGCCCCUCCAGCGGCAUGCACCUGUGCGCGGUGCCCCGGUCACGCUUGCCCAGCAUCGGGGAAGCAGAGGAGGUGGGCGGCAGCUGCUUCCGGGGCAACUCUGCUCCGAAUCCGUGGACAUGUUUGGGCUUGAGCAGGAAGAGAGAGAUUUGUCUGGUUUGUUAAGCCCCUCUCCCUCCCCCCAGAAGUUUCUUUCACUGGUUUGGGUAGAAAAUCUCUUGGGGACAUGGAGAUGCAGCGUUAGCAGUGACUUGUCACUACACAUGUCCAUUUGUGUCCUUUUCCUCUGCACUCACAUGCAACAUGUCUGAGGUUUUAAAAUCCUGCCUCUGUACGUAUCUGUAGCGGGAGAUAAUGUGUCUUUGUUCUUACCAUUCAGGUAAAAGGAAAACAAAACAAGAAGGCAGAACACAGCGCGUGGCCUUCACUUCGUAGUGGGAAGGCCAGUCUGGAAAGUUAUGGGCUGUGUGAUCAUCUGUGCUCUUGUCGCAAUGCUUGUAUUUCUAGGACGUUGUUCUCUUUGUAUUUCACGUCCUACAGAUGAGAUCUGUAAGGUGACCGCUUGGUGGCCCCGGUGUGUCAAUCACACACUGCCACGGAAGCCACGUGUGCACGUGCCGGUGUACACCUUCGGUGCGUACACGGUUCCUUAGCACAGAACACUGUCGAGUGUCAUCUUCAGUAACCUGCCUUUUCACUGCCUGUGACCGCUGCUGACGUCCGGAGUCAGAUGUUUAGUGGUUUGUUUCAGCCCCUCUGGCAUGUCACUGAGGUUUUAUUUUCAGUCUAUCCUCACCUAAGGAUAUUUUUUCUCCCCGUUGAUUUAAAUUUUUUUUUCUUUAUUGAUUUUAGAGGGAGAGGAAGAGAGAGAAACAUCGAUGAGAGA